GUUGUCGCGCUCCCGAAGCACGUCCGCGUCGCGUGCUGGAGGAAGCCGGGGGCGCGGGAUCUGGAGGGCGGCGGCGACGAAUGGGGAAGUACGCUCAGGACCGCCUAUCAUUUGUUCAAGUCUGAGCGCGACGAAUACCCCGACAUGGGGCCCGAGCCCGAUGACGCG